AUGUUAUCGGUCGCCGCCCGCUCGGGUCCUUUUGCGCCCACCCUGUCGGCCACGGCGCGCGGGGUGGCGGGCGCUCUGCGGCCCCUCGUACAGGCCUCCGUGCCCGCCACCUCGGAGCCAACUGUGCUGGAUCUGAAGCGGCCCUUCUUGUCCCGGGAGUCGCUGAGUGGGCAGGCCGCGAGCCGGCCUUUGGUCGCCUCUGUGGGCCUCAAUGUACCCGCUUCUGUUCGUUAUUCCCACACAGACAUCAGAGUGCCUGACUUUUCUGAUUACCGUCGUGCCGAAGUAUUAGACAGUACAAAGUCUUCAAAAGAAAGCAGUGAGGCCAGAAAAAGCUUCUCCUAUUUGAUAACUGCCACAACUACUGUGGGUGUCGCAUACGCUGCCAAGAAUGUCGUUUCCCAGUUUGUUUCCAGCAUGAGUGCUUCGGCAGAUGUGCUGGCCAUGUUGAAGAUUGAAAUCAAGUUAUCUGAUAUCCCAGAAGGCAAAAACAUGGCCUUCAAGUGGAGAGGCAAACCCCUGUUUGUGCGUCAUCGAACCCAGAAGGAAAUUGAACAGGAAGCUGCAGUUGAAGUGUCCCAACUGAGAGACCCCCAGCAUGAUUUAGAUCGUGUGAAGAAGCCUGAGUGGGUUAUUCUGAUAGGUGUUUGCACUCAUCUUGGUUGUGUACCUAUUGCAAAUGCAGGAGAUUUUGGUGGCUAUUACUGCCCUUGCCAUGGGUCACACUAUGAUGCAUCUGGCAGGAUCAGGAGGGGCCCUGCACCUCUCAACCUUGAGGUUCCUUACUAUGAGUUCACCAGUGAUGAUCUGGUUGUGGUUGGUUAG